AUGGCUCCACCACGAAGAAAGAGGAAUAACAGCAGCAUGCCUUCCCAAGAGGAAGAAGAGCACGUUGAUUCUGUUUCCAGGCAUGAAGAGAAACAAGAUCAGGAAGAAAGGCAAGAGGAGGAGGAAAUCAGUCCUGCAGACUUGGCACACAUCCUCAUCACUUUCGGCAGGACUCAAAAGGAGAUGGUUGACACCAUGAAACAAUUGAAGGCACCUUCUUUUGUUACCCAAGAUGAUGUUGUUGCCAUGCUGGAAAAAGAAUUGCGCCGUAGCUCCGAAGACUGGAAGUAUGCUCCUCAACUCCCUUAUCCUUCAAGCAAAAUGCAUUUGGCUUAUCCCAAAAAUUAUGAAAGACCCACCUUUACUCUUUUUGAUGGGAGAAAGGGCAGCCCAAAAGAGCAUAUUAGUCGAUUUCUCGACGCUCUCGGCCCUCAUGCUAGCAAUCAUAAUCUUAGGCUGAGGGAAUUUUCUAAAACCUUCACUGAUCGUGCAUAUACUUGGUACACCACCCUAGAUCCUGGUUGCAUUCGAAGCUGGGACGAAAUGGCAGGCAAGUUUUGUAGAAAAUAUUUCCAAUAUGAGGAAAGGGUGACCAUUGCACAGCUGAAUAACACUCGUCAAAAGACGGGGGAAAACCUGGUGGAUUUUGUUUGUUACUUUCGUGACUUAGCUUUGGAUUGCUAUGAUGAGAAGGAUGAAGAGUCCUUGGUGGAAAUCUGCAUCAGCAGCAUUCUGCCUGACAGGGUUUAUUUGGAAAACAUCGGCAUUGCUCAAUUUUCCAGAUUAAUUGAAGCUGUAUUUGAAGAGGAAGGAAAGGUCUGGAACUAUCCCGUAGUCCCUUGUACCGAUGAAGAACUUCAUGCUAUUCUUGAUACAUUGUUUGCUGAUGGAGUGAUCAAACCCAUGCAACGAGAAAAACCCCCCACCAUGGAAGAAAAGAAAAAUCCACGCUAUUCCCGUUAUCAUCAGAUAGUGGGACAUCCUACCCUUGCUUGUCAAACCUUGCGAAGGAUCCUUCACGCAAAGAUUGAUGAAGGUACUCUCGAGCUCCCAUCAAAGAAGCAAGCUAAGAUGAUGAUCCAUUGCCGAAACGUCAUGGAAAAGGGCUAUGUGAUGUCAUCACUGGCGUGGGAGAUGACGCCUUGGAUCAGGAUAAUGGAUCUUGGGCAUUGUGCGAAUAUCAAGGUCCCAUUGAUCGGGCUUCUUGGCAACAAUACUUCAAGACCUAUGGUUAUGAUAAUCCAUGGUUAUGCCAGGCAAGCUGCUGCUGAAGCCCUGAUGAACGUAUCUGAAGCAUUUGGCCCACAAUGUUUUGUUGCCGGGAGUGAGACACAAAGGGGCAGGAGCUUACUUGGAAGACAAUGCUAUUAUGUUUACCGACAAAGACAUGGAAGUUGCUUACCCAAAUCACCGGAGACCACUCUAUUUGGAAGCACAAGUCAAUGA